GUGACGGGCGCGUGGUUUGAUCUGGAUGGAGGGACAGUCGCUUCUCCUGGUAUAAUCAGUAGUUCUCCGCCAUCGUGGUCUUCUCUUGCUCUUGGGAGCACUGCCUCGCCAUCAUCAUCCGCGUCAUCGUAUCUCUCAAGAACAGCAGUUUCACCUGGAGGAGGAGGAGAAUCGCCUCUCACUUUUUCGGACUCGUCUGGCACGUCUUCACCGCAAACAAGAACAGCGUCAGCGGUACCUUCUAAUACUCCACCAGCGGUUCAGCAUCGCCUAUUCUUGCCGUCCUCGAACGCAGGUCAAGAUCAAGAUGGAGGUGGUAGAAGAGCAAGACAUGACUCGACGAGGACCUUAGCACACCCGAUAUUAUCGACUCUUCGUAAUACUAGGAGUCCCGCUACACCAGGGGAGACGGCAAGAGCUCGUGCUGAGCAGCGAAAUAGAGCGUUGAACUUGUUCAUUCAGCAACAGAAUCAGCGCCGACGUGAGAUUCGGAACCUGCACGCCUAUCGUGAGAUUCGGAACCUGCACGCCUAUAAUCGUCGACUUUCAUCUUUCCCUGAGACCAGGGAAAUUCCUGAGGAAACAGAUUCCGAGAAUUUACGUCCUCUGCGGGAAGAACAAGCUAGAGGUUUGGGACCCCAUGGAGCAUCGACCCUGGUCUCUAAUACUAAUACCCAGAACUACCAGACAAGGGACAGAGAGGUAUUGGGUGGACGCACCGGAGCACGCAGUAGCAUCUGGGCACAUUCUUACGCUCACCCCGCUUCGUCGUCCACUACAUUGACUACUCGAGGGAUAUUUCACGGUGCGAUAAUCGCCGCGACCCGUUCUCGUCUACUUGAUGACCCACUGAGCAGGACGAGAACAAUAGUGCCAGUGGAUGAUAGCACCCCAGAAGAAGUAUCCGUAUCCCCGAGUGUUGGAGCAGGACGCCCUGUAGCAGAUGGCACGGGUCCUCGUACGACUACAGCAGCCUCAAAGUUCGAUGAAGACGCGCUGCAGGGUGCUCUGUUAGACUUGCUCGAAGCUUUAGAGCGGUGCUUCUUAGGAUACAAAGAAGAUAAUUUCAGUACACUGCAACCCGACCACGUCGUGCCUUCCCUUCGUGAAGCGAGGAGAGCGAGGGAACCAAAGCCUUCUUGUACGCUUCGAGAACCACUACGCUUACCGCCAGACUUCUAUCACCUGGAGGAUAGCUGCGUCGGGGAGGGGGAACAGGAACAGAUACAGGAUGCCGAGUCAACUUCGUCGCGUCGCGCAAAACUUUGGUGCAGUGUGCCCUUGUGCAGGAACGACUUGGAGGCUCGCGAUGAGCAGGAAGAACAAAGGUCGGGUGCAGAAGGUUCCGAAAUGUAUGCAUCUUGCAGUUGUGAUUUAGAGCGGGACCUUAAUUGUUUUGAAGAUGGGCAAGAACUAGAACAUCCGCCGAAAGAAGAUGUCGGUAAUAAACAAGAAGACGCUCAGCAUGAUGUUUUUCUUGUCGAUGAAAGCGGAGGGGCUGCAAGUGGUAGCGCUGCUGCUUCUACAUCAUCUAAAAAAGAAAGAACAUCGUUGACAGGACCCGCCGAAGCCUCUGCUAGGAAACAUUUGCUAUAUCAGUUUUCCCAGUGUAAGCAUGUUAUCUGCCCGUGUCAUGGAGACGGAGCUGCAAAUUUUUUUACCCGAUCCGUUCUAGAACGUGUGGCGUGCGCGCUUGGAGAAGAAUUUGUCUUAGACCUGAAGAGGCAAGGCCAAGAGCAAUCUUCUCGGAAGACCAUGACUGUGGCUGAAGAUGACAGCAAAGUAAUGCAGGAGUUGGCGCAAACACUGGAAGGGAUGAGUCUGCAGGAGAAGAGGGACCGAAUGAUCAGCCGUGUCACUAGCGGACAAGAAGAAGAAGGAGGAGCAGGUACUACAGGAGUGACGAUAAGCGACGACUACGAAAAUUCUUCAUCUAGCUCUGCAGGAGCUGCGACUGGUGUACAACAGGCAGCUUUGGAGCGGCUUGAGCAGAUGCUUGACGAUGACGACAUCCUAAGAAGUUGCCUCCGUGUCGUUAUGAACGGAGGCAGCAGCCUCCUCGGUGGUCUACAAGAUGAAGAUGAGCAACGACACGGAAC